GUCACGAGUAUCACGUGAAAUGUCAAAAUGGCUGACCGAUACAUCUAGAAAAUUUUAUUUUCUUAACUUCUCCAGAUCUACCUAAAAGUAAGAGGCCAGGGACUAUUCCGCUGUCCCCAUCUAUUCCGUAGAUAACAUAGAUAUAUUUAUUGGAUUGUGAAAGCUCACCAUCUAACGAUGACAGAAUACUGGCUGAUCUCUGCACCAGGAGAGAAGACCUGUCAGCAGACGUGGGAAAAACUCAAUAAUGAAGUGUCUCAGCAACAAAACCUUUCAGUCAAUUACAAAUUGAACAUUCCAGAUUUAAAGGUUGGCACUCUUGAUGUUUUGGUUGGUAUGUCAGAUGAUCUAGGGAAACUGGAUGCCUUUUGUGAAGGCAUUGCCAGGAAGGUUGCCCAGUACCUUGGAGAUGUUCUGGAAGAACAACGUGAUAAGCUUCAAGAAAACCUGCUUGCUAACGGGAUGGACUUGAAUACCUAUUUGACCAGAUUUCAAUGGGACAUGGCUAAAUACCCCAUCAAACAGUCACUGAAAAAUAUAGCUGACAUUAUAAGCAAGCAAGUGUCACAGAUUGACUCGGACUUGAAAUCAAAAGCAUCAAACUACAACAACCUCAAGCAAAAUUUACAGUCAUUAGAAAGGAAAGCUACCGGCAGUCUUCUGACCAGAAACAUAGGUGACAUGGUGAAGAAGGAGGACUUUGUUUUGUCUUCAGAGUAUUUGCAGACUGUUGUGGUUUGUGUACCAAAACAAUUCUACCCCGAAUGGAAGCUGAAAUACGAAACUUUGACCGAUAUGGUGGUACCUAGAUCAACCAGUUUACUUGCUGAGGAUAAUGAGUAUGGCCUGUUUACUGUGACAUUGUUCAAGAGGGUUGUUGACGAGUUUAAGCACCACUGCAGGGAGCACAAGUUUAUUGUGAGAGACUUUGUUUAUGAUGAAGAACAACUGAUGGCUGGCAAAAAUGAAAUCUCGAAGCUAGAAGCUGAUAAAAAGAGGCAGUUUGGCCCAUUGGUGAGAUGGCUCAAGGUGAACUUCAGUGAAGCAUUCACUGCAUGGAUCCAUGUCAAAGCUUUGAGAGUGUUUGUGGAAUCAGUUUUGAGGUAUGGAUUGCCAGUGAACUUCCAAGCCAUGCUGCUCCACCCUUAUAAAAAGACCAUGAAAAGGUUAAGAGAUGUCCUCAAUCAGCUUUAUUCCCAUCUAGACAACACUGCAUACACAGCUGAAAAGGAGAUUGACAUCCCUGGAUUAGGACUAGCAUCACAAGAGUAUUAUCCCUAUGUGUUUUACAAAAUCAAUGUAGAUAUGUUGGAUGUUGCCAAAUUUUGAACUUCACUUGGUGUACCAUAUUUCAAUACUCUAGUUACUUUCAUUUUUCCUGUCUUUGUGAUAACAAGACUGUGAAUAGUACAUCUUGAGAACUUAGGCAUUCGGCAAUGGGAUUUAAAAGAUUGAGAGAAUGAUGUAGAAUAAAGCAGACAAAUGCACAGUGCAGUGUAGAUAAUUAUUUUCACAGAUGUUGGGGUGUUUGUUAUUAUUAUUAUUAUUAUUAUUAUUAUUAUUAAGCAAUAAUAUGUAAACAGACACCCAAUGGUAAAUAAUAUCACAACAUUUUGUUAAACACAGAUUUUGAGUCGUCAGGGGCUCUUUGUGGUUUUGGUACAGGUCAUGUAGAUGUUGGGAUUCUAUAGAUUCAUACAAUAACUGAUAUCUGAAAAAUCAGUUUAAGGUGAAUUUGUUAACAUUGAUAUGUUUGUUCAUAGUUAUUAGAUGCAUAAAUAUGAAUCGUAUUUACUGCUGUCAUAUCAACCAUCAACAUUAAUUAAAUCAUGUUAAGUAAUUGAAAUGCUAAGUUCCAAGUGGUUAAACUUCAGUCACACAUAAUAUGGUGCUCAGAUUUUAUUUAACAAUGCCAAAUAUGAAAAAUUCACUACAAAUUAGACAUUUUUCUUGCAAGUAUUAGAUUUCAGUAUAAUCAUCCACCAAGAUUUUUCGGAGGGGAGAACUCUGAACAUGCACAAAAGCAUGAAAAGUAAUGAGGCAUUUUGUAUUUCAGAAACCCAAGCUGUGAAUAGCUGUCUUAUUUCGCUCUGCAAAAACCAGGCAUCAUCACCAUUACAGUUCUGAAUAAAUAUUUUCUAUUAAAUGGAUGUAUUAUUUCCAAAAGUCAAUUGUAUAAACAUUCUCCAUGUUGAAUUUGGGCAUCAUAUAUAUAUAUAUAUAUAUAUAUUACUAUGGGGUUUAUGCACUGUGCAUGGUUAAAAUUCCCAAGUUGAUUGUGCUGUUAAUUGCUAGAUACUGUAGUAACUUGUACAUUUAUGUAAAAACACGAGUAAAAUGGGCAGUAAAUGUAUAUCAUUUCAGGGGCUUUGUUGUAUAUUGUUGCUUGGUACUUGUUAUCCCCCCAAAAUAAAGUGCAAUGCUUCUCACAUUGAA